ACUCAAAUGUCUUCAAUGUAGAGCGAAAACAAUAGGAAAUUGCCUUGGAGGGGAUUCCUCUUCUCCUCUAAGAGCCUGCGCGGUUGUGAGAGCCGCCAUGGCUGCGCUGACGUCACGCCCGUAGGCCGCGCACGCAUGUGUGUGUAUAUACAUAUAUGUGUGUGCGCGCGCUACAGUUGACGUAAUGCACGGUACAGUUCGGUACUGAGAGACAAUGAAGCCGAAAUACGGCGAAGAAACUCUUGGAGCACUUUCAGCACGUGUGCGGUGCUGACGAUGAAAGGCAAGUGGGCUGUAGAUAAAACACGCGCGCUUAAAAAAAAAAAAACCUCAUGGCCACGGAAUGCGUGCGCCCUGUUUCCUUUCUGAAGCGCGUGCAAAAAGCGGGACUCCCGCUUCGCGUCGGACUUCUGCGGGAAUCACGCGCUGUCUUGGUUUGCGCGCAUGCGUAGUCAGUCGCGUGUAUUUCAGCUCCAUACAAGCCACCAUUGGUGAGUUUGGGUUCUUCGUCGAAGUUGUCCAGCUUUGCGCAGCUCGCACGGAUGCCUAGCAAACAAAGUCUGGCUCUCUGGUGAAAGAAUCAGACUGCCCUUUACAGGAUUGACUGUGGCUUUAAUAUUGCUUACACCAUGAAGGGUGAAGGAACUGAACUGACAUUGGAAAAGGAGAGAUUGCCAGGAAAUGCUUGUCUAGUCUCCACUCCACACUCAAUGUCUGUGGUUUUGAAGCCUGGCGAAAUUGAUGAGUGUUGCAUCAACCAGGCAAACCAGCGAGUUACCUUGUCCCCUAUUACACUUACUCAAAGCUCUACCCAGGAAAGUCACACAAGCCGGGACAUUAAAGCUACUCUGGAGAAUGAGUCGGUUUGGAGUCGGUUUCACAGCUUGGGCACAGAGAUGAUCCUCACAAAGCAAGGCCGGCGCAUGUUCCCUUGCUGUCGCUUUAGACUGAGUGGAUUAGAUCCACAAAGGAAGUACUUUCUGGUUAUGGAAAUCAUGUCUUUAGAUGAUUUUACCCACAAAUGGAAUGGAAAGACAUGGGAGCCUGUUGCAGUGGAUGAGCCACAUGUGCGGGGACAGAUUUGUGUUCACCCAGAGUCCCCAGCCCUGGGCCAACAGUGGAUGGAUAGCCCUGUGUCCUUUUACAAGGUGAAGCUAAGCAAUGACUCCUUGGACCAAGAGGGCUGCGUGCUUUUGCGUCCAAUGCACCGCUACCUACCGCGACUGCAUAUUGUUCCUGUGGAUCCAGAUUCAGAAAGGACUAUUGCACUUGAUGGUCCAAAUGUUAAGAUAUUCAGCUUCCCCCAAACAGAGUUUUAUGCAGUCACCAGCUACCAGAACCCUCAGAUCACUCAGCUUAAAAUUGACUGUAACCCUUUUGCAAUGGCCUUCAGAGAAGACACCCCGAGCAUUCGUCUGCUGCAAGACAAACUCAGGCUCUGCUCUUCUGCUGGUACACACUUCCGAUCUCCUCUUCUAAGUUUGGCCCAGAAUCUAAGUGGAAAACAGAAAGAGGGUGCAGUAAAGAACAAAACCCCAACCUGCAUUCCAGACAACAGAAGGAAGGUUGUUUAUCCAGGAUCAGCAUCUCUUAAAGAAGGAGAGGGGAUCUUUACUAAAAUGAGAAUUGCCAAUUUCAGUUGCCCAACUAAUAUGGCUUUGUGCCAAGAGAAUACUGAUAACAGUGAGAAUGAUGGAGGAAAUGAAGCUGUUGUGAAUAAAUGUCCUCUGGAACCUGUGCUGGAUGAGCAUGUAGCACCUUUGGAUUUUGAACCAAGUGUAACUGAGUCUUUAGAAGAACCCUUGCCGAGCACUGAUGAACCAGUUCCUCAGUUAAGCAGCACUGAAAAUCCGAGAUCUUCUGAGGCUUCUAAGGAUGCUGAAUCUCAAAUAAUCUGCACAAACAGUGACUCGCCUACGAAAUCAUCCAUGGCUACUCCGAGUCCUCAGACUCAGGGGGAAAUACAGUCUGGUGCUGUUUCCCUGCCCAGACCACCUUUCCUUGACGGUAGUCAAGUACACGAGUGCAAACCAGGCCAUCUGAUUAGACAUAGAUGUAAUCGAAGGAGCAGGAAAGCUAAAUCUAAAAGGUGGUCUAAUGCAAAGUAUGCAAAACCCCCUCCUGCGGUUGUGCCGCUUAAUGUUCCUUUGCAACCAGACCUUGAAGAUGUGGAGGGAAUGUUGUUUGUAUCUUUUGUCGCAAAGGAAGCCUUAAAUAUUCCUGUUGAAAACAUAAAAGAAAGUGAAACAUCUGUGCCUCCACCAUCUCCAACACAUGACCAGUCAGAUAAUCAUGAUGCUGAAGAUGUCAGUCUUUCUAUGGAGGAAAGGAUCGCCACAUUGGAGAACAUUUUACUCCUUCAUCUAAAACAGCAAAAGUACAGACAGGUCAUUCACCCACGCCUUCAAGACGUUGGCAUGAAGUUGAGCCUUUUGGAUCCAAAGUUACCUAUAGACUUGCAGUACCUUGGUGUGCACUUGCCCCAUCCCCCACCUAUUCACGAGGGUUCGGAUAAAAUGAAUCCCACGAGCCUGUCGUCUUCUCCUGAUGCAGCUGGAUUUUUUGUGUCACGGACUGGGAAGACUAAUGAUCCCACAAAGAUAAAAGGGUGGAGAGAGAAAUUUAAGACCAACACAGUACAGAAUGCACCUGAAGGCCUGAAAAACAGUUCAGCAUUCUGUAGUGAAAUGCUGGAUGCAUAUCUUGAAAACGAGGCCCAGCAGAUCAGCGAUCGUGUUGCUGUGUUUUCCAAAUGCUCUGCGUCGCCGGUAUCAUACCAGCUACCUUCGAAGAGCAGCAGUUAUGUAGUUACCCUGGAUAGUUUACUCAAGACUAGAUCUAUUUCAUCAAGCAAGGUCUGCAGUAAACCGACGGACAAAAUCCAGCCCAUAUCUUCACCUAGAAGAUCUCCAAGCUCUGCUGUACCUUUGUCUCCAGCAGGAUUUCAAACUAGGUUUCAAAGAAACCGAGAGAAAAGGAGAACAUUUGCACAUCCGUUUCAAUCGCAUCGACAUGCAGUUCAAGCCAGCAGAUCCAUGAGCUUUGUUUCUAGACGUGGACUGAAGAAACAACCUGGCAAGUCUCAACUGAGAUGGAUCCCUGUAAAAGUAAAAGAUCAGAUGAUGCUUGAAGAGAUGGAGAAAGAGGCGAUCUUUCAUGGUAAAGUUCGUACACACAUCACUACUAUGAGAGCAAAAUUUGCUCUUACUUCUCUGCUUAAUUUCCAGAAAUCGGGUAAAAGGCCUGGGUUCCCCAUGCACCAUAAAGCUGCAAAUGCAUGUUCUGAGGAUUUCUGUCGUUUGGGCUGCAUGUGUGAUAGCUUGGACAGGGAAAUCCGAGGGCCUACACACUGUAGGAGAGUUGAGUGCAUGUUUGACUGCAACUGUUUCAAGCACAAAGUUCUUCUGCUCCACCCUCCAAAAGAGGCAGCAAGUGUUCUGCGGGGCAGGAAGAGAUCAGUACUGGCUUUUCCUAUAGCAGACCCAGAGAGGGAACCCAGACCACCACCUGCACCCACUAUCACAACCUUAUGGAAAAGGGCUACAGGAGAACAUGACCCUGAGCCAUUAUUUGUUCCUGCGCCUCUGAUUUCUUCUAAAAACCUGUCUCGUUUGCAUACCAGUCUUACCCAUUCCACUAGUCAGGUGCCGGAGGAAGAUAAAGAUCCCGUGUAUCUGUAUUUUGAGAGUAUGAUGACAUGUGCUCGUGUGAGAGAGUACAACAGUAAUCCACCACCUCAGAUACACAUGUUCCCUACCAAAAAAGAAAUGACAGGACCCGAACAGCUUAAUGAAGUAGCUGAAGCAGGUGAACCACCUUCUUCUCAAAAAACACCAGAAACAAAUCCCACAGAGACUCUGAUAAAGCCAAGUGAGCCUCAGCCCACUAAAAUGCUGGAAAUCCUGUCUGAGUGCAACUGGGAGCCUCAUCGGAAUUUGGUGCUGAGCGCACUGUUCCGGCGCAUGAACCGCAACCUCCUCUCUGAACCUUUCUGCUUUGGCAUGUACAAAAUACAGCUACUUUCUACUACCACCAAACGAGUAAACCGGUCCUCUACAGUUACUUACAAAGUGUGCAUCUCCCGGGCGGAUGAAAAAGAGAUGACCGAAGACUUGCUGCCGCCAGUGAAGAAGUCCUCGAGAAACCAAAGUUUAAAAGGUUUUGUGACCAAACUUCCGAAAACCGAUGAAACACAACCUCAGAAAGCAACCGCUGACACUGACUCUGUGCAAAAGAGUAGUGGCUUGGUGGAAAAGAAACAAAAAAAGCGACCCAGUAAGAGACUGUUAAGGGCUUGGCCCUUCUUCACGCAUGCUGCUCCUGUUGGUUGUCUCAAGGCAGAUAAAAAGAAACCAGGAAGCCAUACUCAAGGUCAAAUUAAGGUAAAUGGCAAAACAUACACUCAAGCAAAACUCCUGCUGGGCCAACUGGGAGCAUUACAUCCAGUGAAUCGCGUUGCAGCUUUCAUCACUGGCAGGCUACUGUCUGCACUUCGAGAUCAACCUAAAAUUGAAUAUAUUAUUACCAGAGCUUGUCCUCCCAAAGUGGCAAAUGUUUCAAAUCAAACUCCUUCAAGUCUUGCUGCAGCCAGACCUCCUUUAGCCGGUGCGCCCGAACCGAGCACCGCUUCCAAAGACAGAAGAUCAAACAUAAGUCCCUCGAAUGCCCUUUCAAAACAUGUGGGCCCAGACCUUUGCAAAUCCCCCACUGUGCCUGAUGGCACCCGAUUUCUUCUUGUGUCAUUAACACCUUCCAACUCUGCAGCUGUUCCUUCAGCAGAAACUGUUACUAGUUCCACCCUCCCACCUGGCCAACAAGUGGUUCUGCAGGCUGCACCAGGAAUGCAAGGGUCGAACUUUUUGUGUCAGUACAAUGGCCAAAUGAUCCAACUCCAGCCCAUCAGCCCUGGGCCUCUUGUUCAGCCACCACCCGGUUCUGCCAUUGAAGGUGCCACUUCAAAGGUUAUGCAAACAGCUUAUAAUACUUCUCUGCCAGCAGACACCAGAUCUCUUCAGAAGCCUUUAAACUCUACUCCGCUUACAACAUUGUUACCCAAGCCUUUCCCAGUCAUCGCACCCAAAGUGUUUUCUCUGUCAGCAAAGAGUGGCAUGAACAUUGCCAAUGGCAUGCCAGCGUUUCAUUUACAGUCAAGUUUCCCGGGUAAAACAGGGACAUUCUCUUUCCGAAUAUGUCCCCCUAAUAGUGAGGGGAAGCCUGUAGGAUCUGAGCAUGGUGAUAAGCCUCUUGAACCCUCUGUUGACAGUCCUUCUACUUUGGUGCUUCCUGGAGGUUUCACCUUGAUAAAACUCGUUCACCCUGCUGUGCCAGCUGUUCCUGCAAAUGUCACUUCAGCUGCUUCUCAUCCUGCCGAAAUCCCACGGAAUGAUGAAAAUCUGAAAAAAUCUCUCUUACAGAGUUGCUCCCCGAGUCUUGAACAAAACAGUCAGGUCUCAGACAGCAUUACAAAACCACUUCCUUCCGAAACAUCAAAUUGUAACUCUGUACAGGGAGCUACAGCUGGCUUAAGCCAGAGCAACCAUGGCUUUCCCUCAGAAGGUGUUAUUAAAGAUGAGUCUGUGGAACACUUCUCUGAGUCAGUAAAUACAGUGAGUCCAGGCAAGUAUGAUUGGGUACCUGAAGGUGCUGAGAUUGUACACAAAAGUGAUGUCAUUGAUUCAGAACCUAACGAAGCGGAUGAUUGGCCACCCAACGGAGCAGAGCGAAUUUUGUGGAUAGACUCUGCUGAUGAAGAGGAGACUGAAGAUUUGAAUAAAGAGCUGAACAAGAAUUCGGAUGUUGCUGCUGGAAGCCAAGCUGCAGAGGAAGCCAGUGAGUCAACAACAGGAACUGUUAAAGCUGACUUUAGUAGCAGUAAUGAAUGUCUUUAUGAAGAUAAACUCCACUUUAAUGUAAAACAGACUCCAAAAACCCCCCACGUACACGAAAAUGGUUUGCCACCUGAAGAAGAUGCAUGUUCUGAAAGCUCUCAUGCCCAUGAACAUCUGAAGUCUAGCAUGCCAAAUAAUGACCCAGGAAAAAUCUGUGAUCCAUUCGUGAAUGAAGCUAUCUCCAACACUGCAAAUAUUAGUCCAAUUGAGCCACCUCGGAUAUCCUUUGGCUCCCCUAAUAUCAGAGAACAAGUUAUGGUUCAAGAAAAUUGCCCCCUGGUUCUCAUUAAAAGUGAGCCAUAUGACAAACCAACAGAGACAGACUUGGUUGGUAAUGAGCCUGACAUCAAGAACCAAGGCCUUCUACCUGAAAAUAGCACUGUACGCAUCAGUAAAAUAGAAAGUUACAACAGUCAAGCAGGGGAGAAUACACUUCUUGAUAAAUUUCUUAUCAGGGAACAAAGGCUUGGCUCUGCUAAUAAUUACGGUGUUUCUAUUAAAACAGAAUCAUGCAGUGACUCACCCAGGACAGACUCUUCUUUCAUGGAUGAUGUCGCUAAAGAGCAUAUUGGCUCAGAGAAUAUUUUACCACCUAUCAAUAAAGAAGAGCCCAAUACGCAUCAAACAGUGUCCGGCUUUUCCAGUGACCCAAGUAAGCAAGGUUUGGGUUCAGAAAAUAUUUCUCAAAUCCUUAAUUAUAAGGAAUUUUGUAAUUAUCCAGCGAAACCCAACACUACAGCUUCACUGCAUGCUGAAGACAGUCGUGAGAAUAUUGACGUUGCUAGUAAUGCUUCAUGCGCUUUACUGAAUAGUCAGACACCUGUGAUGAACUCUCCACCUACAGCACAUCUGCUAAACACGGCCUCCUUGUGUCAGAAAACCGGCCUGAAAAACGUUUCGCCUUUUUCUCAUAAUGUCCAUAAAUCAUCCCCGGAGCUUUCGGAUGAUUUUGGCAACCUGUCAGACAAUUGUACUAAGACAUUCAAAAGAAAUAAACAGGAUUUAAGAGAGGGAAAAGAUGAAGCGGAGCAUAGGAGCAAUCGGCUGAAGACGGCAGUAGGAGAGCUGUGUGACGAAGAAAUUACCGUGGAUGUGGUGAACUUGAGUGCAGAGGAAGAUCAAAGUGACGAGUUUGACCGAGAUGAGGACAGUUCAAGUGAUUAUGGUGAGGAGGACUCAAAUAGUGAUGAAGAGGAGUCCAGUAAUAAUUCCACUAGUGACACUGAAACAACAGAUGAUUGUGCGGACAUAUCUAAUGAAGACGACGUUGACGUUGAGUCGUUUGAGGACAAUGAUGGAAAAUGGAUUAUAGACAUGAUAAAAGAUGAAACCAGGCAUAAAUUGAAUGCAAAGAGAGCAGCUAAAUUGAGAAAAAAGGUUAAGCACCUUGCGAGCAUUAUUGGCACAGCAGGAUCCGUGCCAAUGCAGGAGCUAGAAAAACGAUUAAAUCACACUGAAAAAGAGCGUGUUCGCCGAGAUGAAAUGCGUCAGUACUUUGUUGCGCUGAAAAAAGCACUGAAUGUUGAUGAACGAGUCAGACUGUGCAGGCACGACAUUCUCAAUCAGGCUCGACUUAUGAUUCGGGCUCUCGAGGACCGGAGCCAUUGCUUAGAGGAGAAGAAAAAAGCCUUAUUUCAGAGACGGUCAGCUUUUCUCAACAAGAUUGUAGAAUUAUCUGAAAAGACAGAGCUUGGAGACAAGGCAAGUUCUGGGGAAAACCAUGAACAGCAAAAGCAGUUUGGGUCCCAAAACAUUCUGCAAACCUCAGUUCCAGGUCCUGUAGUAAACCUUCGACGGCUAGACAGUGAAGGCAACAGACUCCCACCUCGUCUUGGACGCUGGAAAGCCCCUAAUUAUAUACGUAAAAGGUCCAAAAAGGCCUUACGACAGCCUUCAGGAGCUACGUGUGAUUCAGUGAUGACUAUUUUAGGGCAACGAGUGGCUUAUUAUGUGGCUGCGGAUGAGAGUUUAGACUCGCAUUUAAGUCCUGAUUCACCAGGCAAGCACACUGUGAGCGGACUCUUGCCCCCGGUUAAAACAGAGGACCUAGUUCGGACACUUAUUGAACAGAACCUCACUGGUCUACCUCCAGUAUGCAAAACCCUUCUGCAGAAAAGUUUCUCAACAGAGCCCAAGUCAACAGAAAAGCGUUCAUUGCCGAAGAUUGUGUUGCAGUCCUUUGGCAAGACUGAUGCUGUAAAGCUCAAAUAUGACAUAAGGACAUCUCUACCAAAUUCUACUGAAGUCUCUAACUCUACUGAACUGUUAAAGGAUGGUAAUUUGGAUCUACAAGACCAAAACAAAGGAAUGGAAAAAUGCGAUGCAGCAAGAGUCUCUAAUGGGAUGGAGAAAACUCUAGUGUCCGAGCACUCGAACAAUGAGAGCCUGACUCCAUCCUCAGCAGUCACUGAGAGUGGUUUCCAAAAUGACACUGCAGCGGUGGUGAAAGGGAGGAAAAGAAGAGGAAAGUCUGAUGUGGUCAUAGAGGAGGCCUUAUCCAACCCUGAUGUCUUACAACCCAUGCAGCUAAGGAAAAGAUCUCCUGCAGUUAAUGGAGGGGCCACAAGGGGAGGCUCAACAAAUAAAAGAAGGAGGAUUAUUUAGAUGUGUUGUAGUGACUAGUAUUCCAGCUUCAUACUUUUGUCUGCUAUAAGAAUGCAGCUUUGAUUUUUUUUUUUUUAUUCCCUUUUUGAUUCCCGAGGCUACAGAUGAUUUGAAAGAAACUGUAGUUCUCUGAAUUUCUUCAUGUGUACCUGCACAGAAAUCAAGGAUACAGGGGAGGACAGCUAUCCCUCGGAUUUGAUGGAUGCAUACGUUCUUAGAAGUGACUGCUGUUCCUUUUUUUUUUUUUUUUUUUUGCCUCUUCAGGGUACUGCAGAUACAGUAUACACUUGAGCCCAACCUGAGGAUUGUCAAGAAUACAAUAACAUUUGAAUGAAACAUUAAAUUAAUGUAUGGAUAUUACCUGUUAUCAUUUCCUGGGAGACCCACAUUGGGGAAAGUUACGAGUAUGCUUUUUAUUUUGGUAUAUUAAUUUUACGUAGCUGUUCAUGACUUAUAUUUUGCUAAUAAGGGUUUCACAUUUAAGCAAGGAAUGGAUUCACUAAUUGUAUGCCUCCUACAUACCUUUUUCAAUCAUGUUUUUUUUUUUUUACUGAUUAUUCUGUUGGGUCUAAUUAAUUACUGCUAAAUAUCUUUGGCAGUAUAAAUGCCUCAUGGUCAGUGGAUUGUGAGGAAUAACUGCUGUCUUCAGUAACGCAUAUAAUUGUGGAAUAUAAUUAUGUAAAAUGUCUCAUUAAAUAUAUGCCAUUUUUUAUGAAAGCAUAUAUGUGCAAAUGUCUGAUUUUUUUUUUUCGCGUUUGUUUGUAAAACCUAUUGCUCAACUGAAUGCAUUCAUUUAACUCAAGAAUUUCUAGUUUAACAUAAUUAUAUAGUCCCCUUUGAAAGUAUUGGAAUGGCAAAGCCAAUUCUAUUGUUUUUGCUAUACACUGAAGACAUUUGUAUUUGAGAUCAAAACAUGAAUGAGACCAUAGAUGAAAAUUUCAGCUUUCAUUUCCUGAGAUAUACAUCUAGAUGUGUUCAACAACUUGGAACAUGGCACCUUUUGUUUGAAUCCACCCAUUUUUCAAGUGAUCAAAAAAUAUUGGAACAUGUGACUGACAGGUGUUGACCAAUUGUGCCUUGUUAGAUUGAUUCUUUAAACCAGGGGCCUUCAGUCUUAUCCAGAA